AUAUUUCCAUAAAAAUUUCCAUGACCAUUGUUCUGGGCAGCAGCUACAAAACGUAGAAUUCAUUAAGCAAGAUUUAAAUUGAUUGGCAGCGUUCGUUUACAACUUAUUCGCAUAAACAAAGCGCAGUUGAACAAAACGCCAGCAACAAACGUACGAGCAACAAUUAGCCAAAAGCAACGCGAUUAGUGCAAAUAAUACAAUAAAUUGAAUUAAAACAGACGUAACAAAGAAUAUAAAAAAGUUGACAGUAAAAGUUGUGUUAAAAAAAGCGUUAACUAUUUGCAGUGUUACUGGCUGCAGUGUUUGUUUUAUUAUUUAUAAAAACGCGCAACAAUGUUGUAUUUGUUCAUGCAUACUUGAAAAUAUAAAUAAAUAGUUGCGACAAUAAAAACACAGACGAGGCAUAUUAAAUAAAUUAAAUAUAAGCGCCACGCUUGGUUGACGCUGCUGCAUCAUUGACAAUUAAGUGGAGUGUCAGGCACAAAGAUUGCCACAGCGGCGGCAAUGGUUGAUACACAGCUGGAGCUGGAGAAAGUGCCACGCCUGGGGCUGCGACACUUGCAGGCGUUGCUGUUAUUUCUGGGACUGGCUGUCAAUACGAUACUGCAACUGAAUGUGGGCGUGGCUGUGGUGGCAAUGACAAAAGAAAGUGGAAAUAGCACAGCGCUGCCACACUUUGAAUGGAGUGAGGUGCAAAAGUCUUAUGUGCUCUCAAGUUUUUAUUGGGGCUCGGCGCUGACGCAAUUUCUGGGCGGCUAUUUAUGCAAACGCUUUGGCGCCAAGUGCGUUUUGUUCGGCGGCAGCUUUGGCUCUGCGCUGCUCAGCGCCUGGACGCCGCAGUGCAUUUAUGUGGCAGGCUGGCGCGCUUAUUGUGCCAUACGCUGGUUGCAGGGUCUGUGCUUCGGUGUCACUUUGCCCUGCAUACAUCAGCAUUUGGCCAAUUGGGCGCCUGAAGUGGAGCGCACGCGUCUGGGCGCUUUUGCUUACACAGGCUUCGAUUGUGGCAAUGUGCUGGCCAUGUAUGCAGCUGGCAUGCUAGCGAGCUCCAGUUUGGGUUGGCCUGGCAUAAGUUACGCAUCCGCCGCGUUGUGUUUUGUUUGGUGUUUGCUUUGGCUGCUGCUGGGCGCAAAUCGUGCGCAGGAGUCGCGCUGCAUUGGCGCAGCUGAGCAGCGUUAUAUUGUGGGCGAUCUGCAGCGCAGCGUUAGACGCGAGCGUCAGUUGGCCAUACCCUGGCGCGGCAUCUUUACCUCACCGCCCUUCUAUGCGCUGCUCUGCGCGCGCUGCGCCGACACUUGGGGCUUGGCCACAAUGCAAACGGAGCUGCCCGCUUAUCUAAGCGGCGUUUUGGGUCUGCGCAUGCAAAGCAAUGCGCUUUACUCUGCGCUGCCUUUUGUCCUUAUGUGGGCCAUGUGUUAUGUUUAUUUGCUUGCCGCUGAUUUGCUGCUGCGACGUCGCUGCCUCAGCUUGACUGCGCUGCGCAAAACUUACAACAGCAUUGCGCUUUGGACUCCAGCGGCCAUAAUGUUGGCCCUGGGCUUUGUUGAGUCCACGCAGCAGCCUUUGGCUUUAGCUUUGGUUACGCUAAGCGUCGGCGUCAGCAGCGCUGCCACCAUUGGCAGCGAACUCAACACCAUUGAUCUGUCUCCAGUGCAUGCCAGCAUCUUGGCUGGCAUUCUAAGCACCUUUACCAAUCUGGUAGCUCUCAUUACACCUUUAGUUGUUGGCCUGCUGGUGAAACAUCCCAGCGAGCGCAGUGAGUGGCAAUUGGUCUUCAGCAUAGCUGCCCUGGUUUUAUUUCUAGGCAAUGUUGUCUACCUCAUAUGGGGCACAGCUGUUACGCAGCCUUGGAACAACAUUGAACCACAGCUUGAUGACGACACCCGCGACUUUGAAGGCGCCAAGCUUGAGCUCAAGCAGCUGCAGCAAUAGUUCAAUUUAUAGCAACUACCUAGACGCUGUGUUCAAAUUUUAUAACUUACUAAUUUAGUUUUGUAAGCAAUUACUUAAUUAGCAUUCAU